AUGAAGCUUAUUCUUCUCCUUGCUUUCGCGGAAACUAUCACUGCCUUAGUUUCUAACGUGCAACUAUAUGAAAUUGAAAGCCGGAGAACAAAACUUUUGAGAGCUGGACUAUGGAGCAAACACCUAAAACAAAAAAAUCUUCUUCGUACUGCGCGAAAAAUAGAUUCGAAAGCGGUUGUCGCACAACAAUUGAACGAUUACGAUGAUCUUGAAUACGUUGGAAACGCAACCAUUGGAAGUCCAAAAGGUCAAGAAUUCGUGGUCGUUUUAGACACAGGAUCAGCAGAUUUUUGGAUACCCGAUCGAAAUUGCAUAACUACAUGCAAAAACAAGCAUACUUUUGACUCGUCUAAAUCUAAAACAUACGCAGCAGACGGUAGAACAUGGACUGUUUCCUACGGAGACGGGUCAAACGCAACCGGCUUCUUAGGCGUUGAUUCAAUAACGAUUGGAGGCAUCAACGAAGAACAGUUGGCAAUAUCCAAGCAAGCGUUCGGUCAGGCCACAUCUAUGAGUGGAUUUGAGCAAGACGUGGUUGACGGUAUUCUAGGUCUUGGAUUUGAAGAUUUAUCUGUCACCAAAGUCAAACCUCCGCUUAUAAAUGCAGUUAAUCAGAGGCUUCUCAAUGAACCACUUUUCACAGUAUGGUUGGCUCGCAGGGGUAGAAAGGAAGGAGAUGUUGGCGGCAUUAUUACAUAUGGCGGGUACGACAAGGAACACUGCGGGACCACAAUGCUUAAAGUCCCUCUAACACGUGCAGCUUAUUGGCAAUUCACUAUUACUGGUGUUAAGGUUGGUAAUCAAGGUACAUGUACCAAAUGGGAUUAUGACUCGAAGAACGACCUUUAUUUUAUUCGUUGCACUUCAAAAAAAGGUAAUCUCGGAUUUUUUAUUGGCGGAAAGCUGUUUGAAAUCGAACCUGCAAAUUAUAUCAUUCAGAUCGCUAGUAACACAUGCGUUCUCAGCCUUUUUGGAUUCAGCUUUGGCGGUUAUGGUCCGUCCUGGAUUCUUGGCAAUCCCUUUAUUCGUCAAUUCUGCAAUAUACACUACAUAAGUGAACGACAAAUUGGGUUUGCUAGGUCAUUCCAACAAGGGAGUCACGAGACUAGCAGUGGAACUUCCACCGAUUGUGUAACAGAACUGAAAAAAGAAUUGAAUGGUUCUCGAAGAAACGCUUUGUCGUUGACUACUUUAAUGUAUAGUAAUACUUACUUGUUGGCUUUUCUGACGGGAAUGACUUGGCAAUUGUAAUA